GUUAGAUCUUACGGUUUGUGGUUUUUGUAAUAUCAAUGUUAAUAAUAUUAUUAUUGAGUAUUAUUAAAAUAAUAGAAAUAUAUUGAGAAAAUUCAUAAUGAAUAUCAUUAUAACAGUCGUCUUUGUAUCGCUAACGUUAGUAUGCGCGGAGCAGUACACAAAUAAAUACGACGGAAUUAAUCUUGACGAGAUAUUGUCCAACAAGAAGGUACUCAGUGCUUAUGUCAACUGUUUACUGGACAAAGGAAGAUGUUCAGUCGACGGAAGGGAGCUAAAAGAGCAUGUGACCGACGCUCUCAGCACGGGUUGUAAAAAAUGUACGGGACCUCAAAAAUCGGGGGUGCGUAAGGUGAUUCGGCACAUGAUAAAAUAUGAAAAGGCAUCUUGGGCUCUUCUUAAACGUAAAUACGAUCCUUCGGGGACCUUCGCAAGAAAAUAUGAACAAGAAUUGAAAAAGUUGUAGAGCGCUUACCUGUACUUCCCGGAGAAACACUUUUGUACCUUUUCAAUAUCUCUAAGUAAAUGUUACGUUCUAAUAAAAAUGA